UGUUGUCUUGGUGCCAGAACACCAAAGGAUACUACAAACAAACUGUCGUUUUAAAUUGGUUACCUUUUCGUUUCAAACAUUAGACCCCUCAUUCUCUCUCUAAUUUCAACGCACGUUCAUCUCCUUCUUCUACUCUUCUCUCACUUUUAAUUUCUUUCUUUUGGUCUUAAAGAACUGUGGUUGAAAGAAACAAUGGGGGGUUGUGCAACUAAACCAAAGGUUACGAAGGAUGGGGGUGUUGAUGUUAAGGCACCAGAACCUGAACCUGAACCUGAACAGGUUAAGGAAGACAGUGUUGAAACCAAAGUGGAGGCAGAAAAACAGGAACAAUUGUUACAGAGUAGUCUCAAUCUCGACGUUAACGAAAUUGUUGAUGAUGAUCAAGCAAAUAAACGACGUUCUCUAAGCUUGUUGUUCAACAAAGAGAAUGAAGAUGCAAAGGAUUCCACUGAAAAUGAAAAAAACAAAGCUGAGGAAACUGUGAAAGAAGAAACAUUGGAAACAGAGAAACCUUUGGAGGAUGCUAAAAGCAACGAGCCAACAUUGGAAAAACCAUCUCAGGAAACCAAAAACAAUGAACCAUCUACUGAACAAGAAUGUGCAGUUGUUGAGGAAAAACCUUCAUUGCAAAAUAAAAUCACUGAUUCAGCAGCUGAAGAGAUUGUGAAGACAGAAACACAUGAAGAAGCUAAGAAAACUUCACAAGAAACUAGUAAAAUCAAUGAACCAGCUGUUGUGAAACAAAAUAAAAAUGAUGUUGCAGCUGAGGUGAAGAUAGAAACACCAGAAGCUGAAACAAAAAGCAAUGAGUUGAACGAACCAAUCAAACUAGAAAAAUCAUCUGAGACUGUGGUGGUUCCUCCGGCUGAGGAGAAAGUGAUUGAAGUGGUUUUAACAAAUGCAGAAUCUGUGGAUAACAAAGUAGUGGAAGCAACAUCUAGCAUAGAAGAUAUAUCCAAGGCUUCUGAUGUUGGUUGGCAGCAGUGAUAAAGCUUCCAUCUCUUGAUCCAACCGGCUGCACCGUGUAGCUGCAAAGUCGUCGUCUGUGCUUGAUUAUCUAGCUCAUGAACCUUACCAAUCAAAAUAUGUUGUGUGACAUUCCUCCUCAACUACAGUACCUUUUCUUUAUUAUUACAUUGUGUUAUUCUUUUUUUUUUCCUUUCUCAUCUUUUAUUAUUAUUUGAAGAAGAUUUUUGUUUUUGUGGAAUAUUAUUAUUAUUAUUAUUAUUUUCUGUUAUUGCUUAUCAUAUUGAUAGGUAAAAAAUCACCAAUGUAAAUUGUAAUUUUGAUGUGGUUUGCAUGUGAGAAUAUUCUACAGAAAUCCCAAACUAAAAGUUUAAGAAUGUUUCUUUCAUUACACAUGUAUCAAGCUGAAAAAUCUAUUUGAUUAUGAAAGGUGAAAUUUGUGUUAGCAGUUUUUUUUA